AUGGCGGCGGGCUCGGAUCUGCUGGACGAGGUCUUCUUCAACAGCGAGGUGGACGAGAAAGUGGUGAGCGACCUGGUGGGCUCGCUCGAGUCGCAGCUGGCGGCCAGCGCGGCCCACCACCACCACCUCGCGCCCCGCGCGCCCGAGGCGCGGGCCGCGGCCGCCGGCGCGCUCGGGAACCAUGUCGGAGCCGGAGCCGUGCCGGCCGAGGGCGCGCCCGCAGCGGCGCCGGAGCCGCCCCCCGCAGGUAGAGCGCGGCGCGGCCUGAGCGCGGGCGGCCGCUGGCCGGGCCCGCGUCCUCACCGCGCCGCCCCGCUUGUCUCCGCAGGGCCCGCCGCGAAGCUGAGCGCGCUCGAGGCCGGCGCGGGCGCCGGGGCCGGAGCCGGAGCGGGCGCCGCGGCCGGGGCCUGCCCGCCGGGGACUGCGGCCGCGCCCGAGCCCGCCGCCAAGCCCGUCGCCCGCAACGGCCCGCCCGGCGGCCCCGGCGCCGCGCAAACUUUGAAUGGGAGCGCCGCGCUGGGGAACUCGCUCCGCGCCGCCGCCGCACCUGCUGUCAGCCUGCUCCACAACGGGCCCGCGCCCGCGCCGCCGCCGCCCAAGCCCGCCGCCGCCACUGUCAUCCAGACGCCGCCCUUCCUCGGCGCCCCCGCCGCGCCCGCGCCCCGCGCCCCCUCGCCCCCCGCGGCCCCUGCGCCCGCCGCGCCCCCUGCGCCUCCCGCGCCCGCCGCCGCCGCCCCGCCGCCGCCGCCGCCCGCGGCCGGCAGCCUGGCCCGGCCGCCCGGGCCCCCGGCCGGACCACCGGCGGCCGCGCAGAACGGGGGCAGCGCCGCGCCCGCCCCCACGCCCGCCCCCGCGCCCGCCCCGGCCCCCGCGCCCGCGCCCGCCCCGGCGCCCGCCGCCAACAGUCAGCCCGGGCCCGCCGCCGCGCCCGCGCAGGUGGCCAAGGCCGACUCGCCCAAGACCGCCCUGCAGCCGGCACCCCCGCCGCCGCAGACCCUGGCGACCAGCUGCCCGGCCGGCGCGGGGUCCGGCAUGAUCCUCGGGCCAACUAUGCAAGGGGCACUGCCCGCCGCCGCCGCCGCCGGCCUCCCGCCGCCGGCCCCGGGCACCCCCACCGGGCUGCCCAAGGGCUCGGCCAGCGCGGUGACCCAGAGCCUGCCCAGGACGCCCUCGGCCACCACCGGCGGGAUCCGGGCCACGCUGACGCCCACGGUCCUCGCCCCACGCCUGCCGCAGCCGCCGCAGAACCCCACCAACAUCCAGAACUUCCAGCUGCCCCCAGGUAUGGUCCUCGUGCGGAGCGAGAAUGGGCAGCUGCUCAUGAUCCCUCAGCAGGCCCUGGCUCAGAUGCAGGCCCAGGCCCACGCCCAGGCGCAGCCGCAGACUACCAUGGCACCGCGCCCGGCCACCCCCACAAGUGCCCCUCCCGUGCAGAUCUCCACCGUGCAGGCACCCGGGACCCCAAUUAUUGCACGGCAGGUGACCCCAACGACCAUAAUCAAGCAGGUGUCUCAGGCCCAGACGACGGUACAGCCCAGCACCGCACUGCAGCGCUCGCCUGGGGUUCAGCCUCAGCUUGUUUUGGGUGGCGCUGCUCAGACAACCUCACUUGGGACGGCAACAGCUGUUCAGACUGCGACACCUCAGCGGACGGUCCCAGGGGCCACCACCACCUCGACAGCUGCCACGGAAACUAUGGAAAACGUGAAGAAAUGUAAAAAUUUUUUAUCUACGUUAAUAAAACUGGCUUCGUCUGGUAAACAGUCUACGGAGACGGCCGCUAAUGUGAAAGAACUGGUACAGAAUCUGCUGGAUGGAAAAAUUGAAGCAGAAGAUUUCACUAGUAGGUUAUACCGAGAACUUAAUUCUUCACCUCAACCUUACCUUGUGCCUUUCCUGAAGAGGAGCUUGCCCGCCUUGAGACAGCUGACCCCCGACUCCGCGGCCUUCAUCCAGCAGAGCCAGCAGCAGCCACCGGCUUCGCAGGCCACCACCGCGCUCACUGCCGUGGUGCUCAGUGGCUCGGUCCAGCGCACGGCUGGGAAGACGGCGGCCACCGUGACCAGCGCCCUCCAGCCCCCUGUCAUCAGCCUCACGCAGCCCACACAGGUGGGCGUCGGCAAGCAGGGGCAGCCCACGCCGCUGGUGAUCCAGCCGCCGCCCAAGCCCGGAGCGCUGAUCCGGCCGCCGCAGGUGACACUGACGCAGACGCCCAUGGUCGCGCUCCGGCAGCCCCACAACCGCAUCGUGCUCACCACGCCCCAGCAGAUCCAGCUGAACCAGCUGCAGCCAGUCCCUGUGGUGAAACCUGCUGUGUUACCUGGAACCAAAGCUCUUUCUACUGUCUCCGCACAAGCUGCUGCUGCACAGAAAAAUAAACUCAAGGAGCCCGGGGGAGGCUCGUUUCGGGAUGAUGAUGACAUCAAUGACGUAGCGUCCAUGGCUGGAGUGAACCUGUCAGAAGAAAGCGCGAGAAUAUUGGCCACAAACUCCGAGUUGGUGGGCACCCUGACACGGUCCUGCAAAGACGAGACCUUCCUACUCCCGGCACCUCUGCAGAGAAGGAUAUUAGAAAUAGGGAAGAAACACGGCAUCACGGAGUUGCACCCAGACGUGGUGAGUUAUGUGUCACAUGCCACGCAGCAGAGGCUGCAGAACCUGGUGGAGAAGAUAUCGGAGACGGCCCAGCAGAAGAACUUCUCUUACAAGGAUGAUGACAGAUACGAACAGGCAAGUGAUGUCCGGGCUCAGCUCAAAUUUUUUGAACAGCUUGAUCAAAUUGAAAAACAGAGAAAAGAUGAACAGGAAAGAGAGAUCUUGAUGCGGGCAGCAAAGUCUCGAUCCAGACAAGAAGAUCCAGAACAGUUAAGGUUGAAACAGAAGGCAAAGGAGAUGCAGCAACAAGAACUGGCACAGAUGAGGCAGCGAGAUGCCAACCUCACAGCACUAGCCGCCAUCGGGCCCCGGAAAAAGAGGAAAGUGGACUCCCCGGGACCAGGAUCGGGACCAGAGGGCUCGGGCCCAGGCUCGGCGGUCCCAGGCAGUUCCGGCGUCGGAACCCCCAGACAGUUCACGCGGCAAAGGAUCACGCGGGUCAACCUCAGGGACCUCAUAUUUUGUUUAGAAAAUGAACGUGAGACAAGCCAUUCACUGUUGCUGUACAAAGCAUUCCUUAAGUAG